AUGCCUUCAGUAAUUGUAUACGGUGCAUCUGGCUUCGUCGGUGCUCCCUAUACUAGGGCUCUCAAGCAAGCCCAUCCGGACUGGCAAAUAACCGCCUACGUCCGAAGCACCAACCCCGACCUCAAAACCACCCUCAAUGUAGACCGCAUUAUUACCGGCGACUUCACCGAUUUCGAGAAAGUCAAAGCCGCUAGCGUAGAGCACGACAUUGCCGUCAACGCUGGCAACUCUUUCACCUCUGAGCCCGUUGCCGCAAUCAUCGCUGGCCAACAAUCUCGUGCUAUCAAGGGAAAGAUCAUUCACAUUAGUGGAGCAGGAAAUUUCAUCGACUUUGGAACGUCGGGCAAUUUCAACCCGGGGAGCAAAGUCUGGAAUGAUGCGGAUGAGGAUGAUAUCCGGGCUAUUCAUAAGGAUAUGUUUAAUGGACAAUCUGAUACGCUUGUCCUGCAAGCCGAGGGGAUUGAUACCUAUGUCGUUUGUCCUUCAGUUGUUUAUGGCGGCGCUAGUGCUGGAGUGAAGACUAUGGGUGUUGGAUACAGUCUCUUGACUGGCAAUGCCAAACCACUGGGCUAUGUUCCUUAUGUUGGUGAUGGAACAGCCAUUCUGAGCACGACCCACGUCCUCGACCUCGUUGACUUUCUCGUCAAGAUCUCUGAUGUUGCAGCCCAAGGGCCAGCAGAAGGAACACCAUACAGCCGAUACUAUCUGCUUGAAACAAGCCGCGUCGAGUGGAAGGAUUUGGCCACUCAACUUGCCAAGGCGAUGCACGCACGAGGAAUCUUCCCAAGCCCAGAGCCCAAGAAUGUUCCCUUUGAAGAGGCUGGUGAAGAUGAGGUCAAGCAUCUCGUUGCGGCGAACAUGCUUAUCAAGGGCGAUCGUGCUGCGGCUAUGGGUUACAAGGCGAGGUAUCCUAGUAUUUUGGAAAAGAUCCAUGAGGAUCUUAAAGAGGUUGCAAUCUAG